AUGGCACUCAAAGCACUUCCCAUAGCCUCCGUUGCAGCAAUCACUGCACUCGUCCUUUUCUGUUCGCGAGUUUACACGAGACGCGCUGUCCAUGGCCUUCGAAGCCGGAAGCUGGCAAAGUCAGAAGACAAUGAGGCAUUAGUUAGAACUUGCGCCGGCUCCAGUGACGAAGACGGGGAACAGGAGCCCCACGGUCAGCCGCAUGAGAACGGUUCCGUUGGCUUGGAGACGCAUUUGCCCUUGAAAAAGAGAUUGUUGGCAAGAGUGGCUCAAGCCGGGAGGGACGACGUCUUGAGCAGUCCCCAGCAGCAAAGGCAGCAACUUACCCCGGAAGUGCAGACCUCGAGGGAAUUCGGUUUACGCACAGGAUUGCUGGCCCACGGCCCUCACCAGCAUGCUGGACAAUCUUCUUCACAUGCGCUGCAAACAUCUCUGCAAGUGUGGGAGCAGAGGCCACCACUGAGUGGGAUGCAGCCAGAGCUGCACCGCCUGCAGCAGCAGCUGCCCAUAAACCCGCCGAGCCUGCAACAGCAGCAUUCCCACGUGCUGCCGGAGGGAAGUGAGCCGUAUCAGAAGCAGCAGCAGCACUUGCUGUUGCAGUGGCCACAGAAACAGCUGCAGCAAUCUUUGCCUCAUCUUCGGCGGCAUGAGUCUUUACUUCAAAAGCAGGGGAAGCAGCUGUUACAACCGAUGGAACGCCAGGUGGGGAUGCAAGACAGCGAGCAACAGCAGGCACUGCCAGAGAAGCGGCAGCAAGCGAAGGUGCAGGAUGAUAGUGACGAGCAACCCAGUCGGAAGAAGCGGAAGCGAGAAGAGCAAACAGAGCCGAAUGCACGGAAGGAACAGCUGCAGCCGGUGGUGGAGCCGGAAUGCUUGGAGGAAGAUGCCUGGCUUGCAUCCGGCACCUUAGGGUCUCAUGAGCCUGAGCACAGCAAGCAACAAGCGCUGAAGUCUCCUACUGAAGUAGCAGUAGCAGGCCCAUCGACGUCCGCGCACCCCACCGUUCAGGCAACUCCGGGAUCAUCAGUACCUUGUAUUGUAACAUUGCCAGCAGAUACCGCUGCUGGGGAUUCAGAGGAUGAAACUUCUGCUGCUCGUGCUUCAGGGACAGCAGCAGCAAAUGCAGCAGCUGCGAUCGACCGGCCUCAUGCUGGCCUGGCCUCCGCUGCAUCGAGGCAUGCUAGAAGAGGCAUGAGCUUACAGGUGCCUGUCCUUUCAAGUUUACUGACUGGUGGCAGGAUGGAACUGGGAAAAGCAAAAAUUGUAGCUGGUGGAUCAGCAGUAGCCUCCGCCACACCCACCUCUGUAUCGACUCCGGCUUUGGUAACCAAGUUACCAUCGAAGGAGGAUUUUAUUAAGGGCGCUCUAGAAAAACACCCUUAUGCACGGCUGCCGACGCGAGUGGUGGAAAAUGUACCGCUUGAGUUUCAGGUCAACUUGGAACGAGCAGUGACCCGAACGCGUCGCAGGAGGCACCCCAUCCAUCUUCUGCGGAAGGCUCAUAAUCUGCUCUUGUUGCAGUGUUUGUUUCCAAUGCAGUUGAAGGAGCUGGCGGAAACAGCGGAAAAUCUAAUAGCCCACUCGAUGGAAUAUCAAAGUGUAGAUGUAUCGGGACACCUAACCUGCCGCGCAGUUGAACGACUGGCACUCCGUUUCCUUAUUAUGGAUGUUGUGGUUUCCACCAUGAUUGUGCUCGGGCAGUCAGAGGGGCUGAUUAACAAUGAACAUUGGAAUAGAUUCACAAGCGCUGUUAGCCACGCCGGGCCCCCACCGAUCAUGCGAUACUAUCCAGGGCGACCGCAAUUCUUUUCAGGCUUGGCCCAGCAACUCACCUGUGCAAUUCAGACACUCAAGACGGGUAUACGGCCGUCAGCCAAAGAGCUCGUGAAGCUCAAGCGGAAGCUCUUCUGCUUAGAAUUAUCUCCGGUGCGCUUGCAAACCGAAGACUUCGAACCGUGGAGGCAGGAUGACGCCUGUCGCGCCGAUGGGUUAUAG